AUGACAUCUCCACAUCCUACAACUGAUUCUGGAACCACAACAAGAGCAGCAUCAACCACAUUUGUGCCCACCACUAGAGUAUCAUCGACAACAACUGCUUUUAGCACAACUACAACUGAACCGACUACAAGUCCUACCCAAACUAACACAGGUGAAACAACAGCAGCUUCUGCUAGUAGUACAGGAACUGCAAUAACAACAACGAAAUCAUCUGGGACAACGAAUCCUGCAUCCAGUACAACAGAUAGAACAAGCACACUUGCCCCGCAUACAACAGUAUCUGAAACUCCGACAACAAUUGUGCCAUCCACGUCUGUCGCCACUACAACGACAUCUUACAGAAGCACAACCAUUGGGACAAUGACUGCUGAAACAACCACAACUCCUGCGCCAACCUCAACAUCUGAACUACCUGCUACUGCUAUAAGCAGUACAGCAACAGAAACAAAAAGCACAACAUUACCUAGGACAACAAAUCUAGCUUCCACAGCUGCAACAACUAUGACAACUGCACCAACUCCAUCAAAUACUAUAACUAUGACAAGAACUGUAUCAACCACAUCUGUACCCACAUCCACAGCCAUUGACACUACAACUACUGGCCUAUCUACAACACUGGAAGGAACAACUACUGCUAUAAGCAGUACAGCAACAGAAACAAAAAGCACAACAUUACCUGGGACAACAAAUCUAGCUUCCAAAGCUGCAACAACUAUGACAACUGCACCAACUACACCAAAUUUUAUAACUACCACAAAAACCAUAUGAACCACAUCUGUACCCACAUCCACAAGCAUUGACACAACGCCUGCUAAAUCCACUACAUCUACUGGGCUAUCUACAACACCGGAACGAACAACUAAUGCUGUAUGCAGUACAGCAACAGAUACAAAGAGCACAACAUUACCUGGGACAACAAAUCUUGCCUCUACUCCAACUGCUGCAACAGCUACGACAACUACAACAGAUUCUAAAACUACUGCAAAAACCUUAUCAACCAUAUCUGUACCCACAUCCACAGAUUUUGUCAGAAUUACCGUUUUAUAAUCUAUGACAUUUGCCCAUUUUACAACACAUUCUGGAAUGACAAGAACAGCAUCAACCUCAUCUUUUCCCAUCGUGCGUGUCAGGCACAUUCCUUGCCAUUUUGCACUAGGUAUUCUAUUGGGGGUCCAGGCUUGAAUAUAUCUGAGGCUGCUUUGUGACAAUUCUCUCUUUAAAAAAUCAGUAACUGUAUACAAAUAACCAUGAAUUGAAUUGAACUGAAUAACUGAUAGCUUUGGUAGUUUUCACUGGGGCUUUUUUCAAGAUAAAAUAUGUUUUUUAGAACUACAAGGCCAAUAUAAUCUCUCCUCAAACUGAAAUGAAAAGUAUGAUGAUCUGACCGAUGGCCCGCAUCACACAAAAUGUUUAUCACAUUUUUAACACACUGUUUUAAAAUCAGCAUACCUGUUUAAUCAGUUGCUACUGUGGCCAUGAAUUAUGUUUUCACAAAUUUGUCCAGUUACUUUUAUGUCUCUCAUUGUUGACUAGAGGUUUUGUUUGCAAUGCCUGUUCUGUGUGAUGUAACAUCUUUCCUUCAUCACAUUUACAUAUCAAAUCAUUGGUUUUUGUCCUCCAUGAUAUAAUCAAGUCUUACACAUUUAAUUUCACUGGCCAACAUUGUUCAGUCAUUCCAACUUACUGAAAAUCUACUUCCUGCCAUGUAGUCAGACAGAAUGUCGGCAUAGUUAAGGGAGCGCCUCCAAGCAAGUUUACACAUUUGAAGGUUAAUGGCAGUCCCACGGGAGGCUAGAGUGGGGUGUUGUUAGCACAGUUCAUUUUGGUGUCAAACUUCAUUAAUCUAUUUUUAUUGGUAUUAGUUAAAAUAUUAGAUUAUUAUUAUUAUUAUUAUUAUUAUUAUUAUUUGGAUUAAGUAAUAAUCAAUUUUGCUUUAUCUUACCUGUCAUUUCAUGGUAAUUGUUGUUGUACAAGUAAUGUAGGUGGGGCCUGGCUAUUUAAGUAGCUCAGUUAGCACUGACAGAAGGAGAGACUAGUGAGAGGUAGUAGGGCUACGUUCAACUGCAGCAUUGAACUGCCCAGGCUGUGAAAGCCCUUUGAAAGUUAGACCAGUCUGUGCCUAUUUUGUCAGUCUUUGUUUAUGUUUUUUUCCAUUUUUGUUUUCUAAUUUUAUUUGAACUCUUUGGGGUCUUUAUUUGGGGUUUAUUUCAUUCACAUUUUUUGAUCUCCCUCAGUUUUUUAAAUUAAUUAACUAAUUAUUUUUUUUGCUAUUAACACUGUAAAUAGCUUUCACUAUCUGUACUUGCUUGUGAAUAAAUCCAGUUUAACAUCA